CGUCUUGGGUGGGAUUCCUCCCCUCCCAGUCCAUCCCACUGCCGCAGGUCGGUGACAAGAUGCGGGAUGGCCGCCCCUUCUCCUCCUCUUCCUCCUCCUCCUCGUCCUCCUCGUCCUCCUCCUCCUCCGGGCAGCCCUCCGGCCCGCACCACGGGCUCCACCCUGCUGCUCCCGCUCAGCCUCCUCCUGGGCCUCCCCCUCGACCAGGUGAACUUUGUGGCCUGUCAGCUGUUCGCCCUGUUUGCUGCCUUCUGGUUUCGCACCUACCUGGGUCCCGGUAACGCCAGUUCUGGCGUCCGCCACGCCUUUGCCACCACUUUCGGGAUCUAUUUUGUUAUCUUUUGCUUCGGAUGGUAUUCCCUCCACAUUUUCGUUCUGGUGUUGAUGUGCUAUGGGAUCAUGGUGACGGCGAGCACUGCCAACGUACACAGGUACUCCUUUGUGGUCGCCAUGGGUUACCUCACCAUAUGCCACAUCAGCCGCAUAUACAUCUUCCACUAUGGGAUUCUGACGACAGAUUUCUCUGGCCCGCUGAUGAUCGUGACUCAGAAGAUCACCACGCUGGCAUUCCAAGUUCAUGACGGAUUGGGUCAGCGAGCAGAGGAUCUCACGUUUGAGCAGCAACAACUCGCCGUAAGGUCCCGGCCCUCCUUCCUCGAGUACUCAAGCUACCUCCUGAACUUCAUGAGCGUCAUAGCCGGGCCCUGUAGCAACUACAAGGAUUACAUCGCCUUCAUUGAGGGGAGGCACGUGCUCAUGAAGCUGAUGGACGUGAACUGGAAGGCGAAGGGUUACGCCAGGCUCCCGGACCCGUCUCCGACGGGAGCAGUGAUGCACAAGCUGGCCGUCACCCUGGUAUCGCUCCUUUUCUUCCUGACUCUGUCCAAAACUUUCUCUGUCUCCUGCCUCGUCGACGACUGGUUUGUCAAUAAAGCAUCCUUCCUGUCCAGACUUUGCUACCUCUACGUCGUCAUGCAAGCCUCAAAACCAAAGUAUUACUUUGCUUGGACGUUAGCUGACGCCAUCCACAACGCCGCCGGUUACGGAUUCAGCGGGGUGGAUCGGGACGGAAAUUUCCGCUGGGACCUCCUCUCCAACCUAAACAUCUGGAAGAUCGAAACGGCCACGAGUUUCAAAAUGUACAUAGACAACUGGAACAUUCAGACAGCUGCUUGGCUAAAGCGGGUUUGCUAUGAGCGGGCUCCCUGGUACCCCACGGCCCUGACAUUUAUCCUGUCAGCCCUCUGGCACGGUGUCUACCCCGGCUACUAUUUCACUUUCAUCACAGGGCUCCUCGUCACGGCGGCGGCCAGAGCGGUAAGGAACAACGUGAGACCGUACUUCCUCUCGAACAAGGCUCUCAAGACAACCUAUGACCUCAUCACCUGGGUGAUGACCCAGCUGGCCAUCUCCUAUACCGUCGUCCCUUUUGUCCUUCUGGCCGUGGAGCCCACCAUUAGCGUCUACAAGUCAAUGUACUUUCACGUACACAUCAUCAGCCUCUUGGUAUUGCUUGUGUUGCCUCUCAAGCCCCGGGCUUCCUCUAAGAGACAGCUCCUAAACUCCAACAACAGAAAGCAGAUGUGAUCUCUUCAGAGGGAGCCUGCAGGCAUCUGGCCAAGGAAGAGUCAUUUGAUUGUAUUUAUUGAGCGCUUACUGUGUGCGGAGCACUGAACUAAGCGCUUCGGAGACUGCAACAAUAAAAAGACACGCUCCCUGCUCACGACGAGCUUACAGUCUAGAGGAAGAUGGCAAGCAAAGGGAAAUGGAGUUCUUUUAUUUUUGCUAAGUUGAGGUGUUCGGAAGCCUUCGAUAAGCGUUUGUGGCCUCCUCCGCUACCGAACAGCGAAGGAGACAGAAAGUCCGUGGAACAGCAGGAGAUCUGAAGCCAGUUCCUUCGUUUCUUGCUGUGUCUUGGAGUGCGGUUUUGUUUUUUUUUUUUAAUCAAACCUUUUUAUACACGGACAUCAGCGCGGGUUGUUGACGGUUAGAUUUGCGUAACACGCGGGCAAGCGUUGGGGAGGAUUUUGCAAGGGCGCCUUCGGAGCCAUUCUGCUGGGGGCGAGGAAUUGGAAAGUUCGGAGGCCUUGUGUCACAUCUUUGUGUCGGACGGUAGAAUCUGGAAGUGACGAGCACUGCCUGGCUGCUUCCACCAAAGCCCCAGCAGGGAAGAGGAAGGCGGCAGGGAAUUCCAGGAUGACGGCCUUGAUAAUAAUAACA